UCCGUGCGCACACUAAUUGCGGCGCUGCUGGAGCCAACCAGCGGCGAUUGGUCGUGACGAUUAGACGCUUCAACACGGAAUUUCGCAAGAUGGCUCCUCGGCGCAGCAAGAAGGGCAAGGCCAAGAAGACCGACGUGUACGAGCACGACGACGACGAGGCCAAUGAGGCCCGCGAGGCCGCGCGCAUGGAGAUCGACGGCGUCUACGAGUACGAGGCGCCGGCCAAGAUCGCCCGCGACGACGACUCGGAGAUCGAUGAGGACGGCGCGUUCGACUCGGAGGACGACGCGACCUUUGGCUCGUUCUUUAGCGGCGGCAAGACGACGACGUCUAGCAAGAAGAAGGCCGCGGGAAAGAAGGCCUCGGGCAAGAAGGCGGCCGACAGCGACGACGAGGCCACGGCCAGCAACGACGAAGACGACGACGACGAGGCCGGCGGCGACUUGCUCUCGGACAUGCUAGGCACGGCGCCGGCGGCGCGCCUGCCCACGGCGGACGACGAGGAUGAGGACGAGGAUGACGAGGAUGACGACGAUGAUGAGACCAAGCACGCGUCGCUCAUGUCGAUGGUCGAUGCGAUGGCCAAGGGCCCGAAGCGCAAGAUCGCGCACGCCGAGAUGACGGAAGACGUGGCGCCGUCUGCGUUCAGCAAGAAGAUUGGCGGCGCCGAGCUCACACUGGCGUCGCUCAUGGCGUCGUCGAUGCCGUCGCUGCCCGGCGACGAGGACGACGAGGACGACGAUACCAAGGACGAGGUCAUGGCGUCGGGCUCGGCGGCGGCGCUCAAGCGGCAGUUUGCGCAGCUCGAGGCCGACGACAGCAAGCUCUCUGCGCCGCUAGCGCCGGUUCUUGAUGCCCGCGCGUCGCGCAAGGUCGCGUACGACGCCAAGAAGAAGGACCUCGACGUGUUCGUGCCGGUCGUCCAGCGCAACCGCCAGAAGGAGACGCUCGACUUUCGUAUGCAGGGCAGCGCGCCCGCGCCCAACAUCACGGUGGCCAGUCUCACGACCAAGUUCAAGCCCGAGAAGCCGCUCGAGAACGACGUGGCGGCGCUCUUGGCGACGUCCGGGUGGUCGGACAAGGCGGCGGCGGCCGACGAAGCCGCUGCGCUCGAGAUGAACGCGCUCUCGACGGAGGAGGUCCAGGCGCGCCAGAAGGAGCUCGCCAAGAUGCGCGUGCUCAUGUUUUACGAAGAGCAGAAAGCGCGUCGCGUCAAGAAGAUCAAGUCGAAGCUAUACCACAAGAUCCGCAACAAGCAGGACGCCAAGCGCGAGCGGUCGCAGCUCCGGGAACUCGACCCGGAGCUCGCCGACCAGCUCGACCUCGAGGACGCCGAGAAGCGCGCAGAAGAACGCAUGACGCUCAAGCACAACAACACGUCCAAGUGGGUCAAGCACCAGCUCGGGCGAGGGAUUCAGGCCGACGCCGGUACGCGCCAGGCGAUCCACGACCAGCUCCGGCGCGGUGAUGAGCUGCGUCGCAAGAUGGACACUGUCGCCAACGAGAGCGACCUGUCCUCGGACGACGACAGCGAGACGGAGACCAACGAGACGGAGACGCAGCGCCUCCAGCGCAAGCUCGCGAAGAAGGCGUCGGCGCUCGUGAUGGAAAUCACGGCCGACGCCGGGGCGUCCAAGGCCGACGGGCUCCACGGGAUGAAGUUUAUGCAAAAGGCGGUCGAGAAGCAGCGCGAACGCGCGCUCAACGACGCCGAGAAGCUGCUCCAAGAGCUCCGCGGCGACGACUACGACGACAACAACACCGACGACGACGACAACCCGGCGCCGGCCAAGAAGGCCAAGAAGACGACCAAGGUGACGGCUACCGACAAGAAGGCUGUGGCCGCCAAGAUGGUCCACGGCUCGCAGCAAAUGACGUCCGUCAUGAUGGACAAGGCGCACAAGACGCGCGUCUCGUCGGCCAUUCAGAUUGACUUUGGCGACAGCGCGCCGGCACCGGUCGUGCUCGUCGACGAGUCGGCGCCCGAAGCGUUUGCAUCGGUGGCAACUGCCGCGCCCGAGAACCCGUGGCUCGACGCGACGGCCACCAAGAAGCGCAAGAAGCCGCGCAACCGCAAGAAGGCGGUGGCCGAGUCGGCGACGAUCGGGUCGGCGAUCGCCUCGCUCGCAACGACGUCGGACGCGCCGGCGACCGGCAUCCUCGGUCCGUCGGCGGCCGAUAUGAAGAAGCGCAAGGCCGCCGACACGACGACGCCCGCGACCAAGAAGGCCAAGACGACCGAUGCCAACGCUUCGGCCAACACUUCGGCCACCGCCAAGACCGAGACCAAGACGGAGGCCAAGACGGAGGCCAAGCCGACGACGCAGAAGAAGCCGACGACGUCGUCGGCCGACCUGGCGCAGGAGGAGCUCGUGCGCCGGGCGUUUGCGUUUGCAGACGAGGGCGACGACGAGAUCGGUGCCGAGAAGGACCGCAUCGCGGCCGAGGACGGCGACGCCAAGUCGGGUGCGGAAGUGGCCAAGCUCACGGGCAUGACGGGCUGGGGCUCGUGGGCCGGCGAGGGCGUCAAGACCUCCAAGCGGCAACUGGCGCGCCUCGAGCAGGCCAAGGCCGUCGCCGCGGCUGCCAAGCUCGCGGCGCUCAGCAAGCGCAAGGACGCCAAGCUCUCGCGCGUCCUCAUCAACGAGAAGAAGGACAAGAAGGCGGCCAAGUUUAUGGUGGCGAGCGUCCCGUACCCGUUCACGUCUCGCGAGCAGUACGAGCUCGCGAUGCGCAACCCGCUGGGCGCCGACUGGAACACGACCAAGUCGGCCAACGCGCUCACGGCGCCCGAGGUCAUGCUCCGCGCGGGCCAGAUCAUCCAGCCGCUCGUGCUCACGAACCAGGAGAAGGCGGCCGCCAAGACGGACGCGGCCAAGGCCAAGAGCAAGGCCACCAAGGCCCAGCGAAAAGCCAAAUUUUAAGACGACAAUAUCAUCAUCCAUCUUUGUACUAGACUAGACA